AUGUUAAAAGGCACUACCUUACCUUGCAGCAGCGCUCAGGGUAAAGGAACUUGUUCUGAUUACUUAAAAAUGAAUGGUUUCGUUUGCGAAAAUAUAUCUCCAAAUACAGGGAUGUCUACUACUAACAUUUUUUGCAGAGCAACAGAAAAAAACAAAACAAAACAAAACAAAAAGAUUCUUAGUUUGUCAACCUGAUGACAAUAACCUCGCCAUUAAAGGACAGCUCAAUGUUUUGGUUUAUCAGUUUAUAGUUACCCUACGCGUUGUUGUUAA